CAUCGCUGAACACACCCUGCUGUUUGUCGUUUCUCGAGAAGUACCUUGAGCCAGUCCCCCAUAUCCAGUCAAGGUCAAAUAACACUCGACAAAUCCUUGCACUGAACGAGAUGUCGGACAACGAUGGAGUCGUCCUUGACAGUGAGGAUGAGCAGGAAUACGGUCGUCCUCUUGAACUCAAGCCUCUUGCCGCUCCCCCUGCGACGGGGGCGAACCUCGCGGGGAACGCGCCCAAGGCAGUGAUCGAACCCUCUAAGCCCACGGGGGACAAGCCUAAACCAUCAACGAGCACAUCUACCAUAAGCACUGCUACGACAGCCCCUCCCCCUGCACGACCGCGUCCCAAACCAAAGCCGAUCAGGAAGCCUCUCACGUCCGAGGCAUCUAGCAUACAAGCGCCCUCUUUCAGCACGAGCGCGAGCACCAUCUCUAAUCCCACAACCAUCGGCGCGGGCCUCAGCUCGAAUGCGCAUAACACCUCAAUUCCCGGUCUCAAUGCCAGCACAUCGCUUGAUUUCCUCUCGGGUGCCUCCACCACGAUCGCAGACCGCGCAAAGACACGCGCACGCAAUGCAGCGCGCACGCAGAAUGCCCUCUUUGCCGGGGAGAUCAUCGAUCUGUCGGACGACUCGGCGGACGAGCUGGAUACCCUGCCGCCGAAGAAACCGGCUCAGACGAAGUCCAGCGCCAACAAGUCGACUCCCUCGAGCAAGUCGCUGGCUUCGAAUCAGUUGCUGACUUCGAAUAAGUCGCUAGCUUCGAAUAAGUCAACCGUCGCGCCCAAGCGCCGCACACCUCCACAGCCUCAACUACCGCAGGGUACCUCAUCUAGCUCACGACUGGACCUGAACCCCACCCCUGCUGGGCGCUCCUCGCCGUCGUGGGUGUCGACCGAGCCCUUGACAUCGCAACCGCCGCCCAUAGAGACGCUUCCCCCUCCGCCGGCGACAGGGAUGUCCGGCGCCCCUGCGACAGGGCCGUCCGGCGCACCAGCGACAGGUUCGUCCGGCGCAUUAGCGACCGGCACAUCGGGCUCACAGGCGUCUGCGUCGUCCAUCGGAAAGCGCCGGCGCGCCGAGGUGGACGAGUUGGCAGGGGAAGGUACGCAGUCGGACGUGGGUCCGCCGCCACCGACGUUCUUCGCUGCGCCGACCCCGCCUGACCCAGAAGGGGCUGGCACUGAGAGAGUCGCCACGCCGUCGUCGGCCAAGGGCAAGGAUGUGACGCAGCCUGCUGUCGAGGGUGGCCCUGCGCCUGCUGUCAGGGGUGGUCCGCGGCCUGCUAUCGAGGGCAGCCCUCCGCCGAAGAAGAAAUCGCGAAAGAAGGCGCAGGACGACGAUGACGACGAUGACUUCGAGAUUUUCAUCGAAGAGCCGCCGAAGAAGAAGUCGAGGAAGAAAGCGCAGGAUAGCGAUGACGAGGACUUCGAGGCGUCUGAAGCGAAGAAGAAGAAGCCGCGGGCGCGGAAGAGUAAGGCGGGUGAGAAGGGGACGGCCGGCGAGAAGGGCAAAGCAGCGGAGAAGGCGAAAGCUGGCGACAAGGAGAAGCUCACGAAGGAGAAGCCCGCCAAGAAGGCGCUGGCGAAAGCGAAGGGCAAAGGGAAGGCGAAGGUGGUUGAGGAGCACAUCAGCGCGGACAUGAUCGAGGACUCGGGCGAUGAGCUUGGGGCGGGCAUGAAGCUCGGUGGUGCGCCGCCGCCGGUCGAUGAGCCCAGUCGAUCGCCGCCAUCUGCCUCUUCGUCGAAGUCUGUCGAGCAGGACGGGCCCGCGGUACCGAAGCCUAAUGCUAACCGCAACUCGAAGAAACGCGACGCGGAUGCGGCGCAUAUCAACGACAAAGAGCUAUCUGACCUAACGGACGACGAAGGUCCCGUCGUUGUAAUAAAGCGCGCGCCUCAUCAACGGAAGAAACCGAGGAUCGACUCGGACGAUGAGGAUGCUGGCGCCAACAACGCUGCUGCCAUGCCAGCGCCAGAUGACCCACCUCAUGAGGAACACGCGCCUCCGGCAAAGGGCAGGAAGGGCAAGGCGAGGGCGACGGGCAACAAGAAAGGUCGAAAGAAGGCCGCUUCGCCACCCCCUGAAGAUGCGCCAGACCCUGAAGUUGGCGGCGACGAGCCACCUGGUCAAGAAGAGAAUUUGCCAAAGGAGAAUGUGGGGCCCGUCUUCGAUGGCGAAGAGCAGAAAGGAUUGCCGAGGACGCGCGAGACCACGCCUGAGCCGCCACCCAGAGCAGUGUCCCCAUCUGCCUCUCCCCCGAGGCUAAUGGAGACGCCCAAGGCGAAAGCGCAGCCCACAACCCUGACCGCGCGGUACUCAAUUGCGCCCCGCACGAAGUCGACGCCCAUGUCCGAGCUCAUCAAGCGUGUGAACUCCCAGUCGGGAUCACCCUUCCCUUCGCGCUCAUCAUUCGGGGGCACCGCGUACUCGCCCUAUCUCAAGGCGUCGAAGCGCACGCUGUCCAAGAUCGCCCCGUUGCAUCCCAACCGGCGCACGCCGCCGCCACCGCUCCCGCCGCCACCACCAAGGAAGAAAACAAAGAAAGAGCUCGAGCGGGAGGAGAAAUGGGAGGAGGAGCUGAUCGAGGAGCAUGGCGGGGUUACGGAGUGGGCGUGCAUGUCGGAUAUGGAGCGCAAGGAGGCCCGCAGGAUCAAGCGCGAGCGGGAGAUGGCGGGCUGGGAGGACUGAUUAUUUGCGAGCGGGAUGCCUGAUGGGGGGUGGAGGGAUUGGCGGGAACAGCGGCGGGUCUUCGUAGGUCCUGAGCGUGUGUAUACUACUGACGUGGAAGCAUAAUGGGAGCAGUGGAUGCCGGCAUUCUGCUCCUUCA